AUGGACCUGCAAGCGCUCCGUGGGUCCACUCUGAGCUCUGGAGCGGAGAGUCGCACGUUGAAGUCCAGGGACGCCGCGUGUGGGAACGCCUCCCAGCAAGAACUGCGCCCGCAGCAGUCGGCGUCGCGAGACUCGCCAUUCACGGCGACGGCCACGCGCACAAAUCUCAUACGCGCCCAGCAGCCCCCGGCCGACUUGGUCCUAUCGCUAGCCUCCUUGUAUUUUCGCCAUAUCCAUCCAUGGUUUCCCUUUCUGAAUGUGCACCGCGUGUUGGCCGAGAUGGCCACCAUGGAUGACCCCACACUGCUGCACCUGGCGGUAUUUGGAGCGUCGCUCCCAUUCUCUUACGACUCGCGGCUAGACAAGAAGUCCAGCGACGCUUUUUGGAAGUACUCCAAGCGGCGGAUCAUGCUCGAAGCCAUGGAAGAGCCAUCUUACAGCUCGCUCGAGGCCCUGACGAUCCUGGUGCUGGACAUCUCUGGGAUGACCCAUGGCCCGCAGGUCUGGGGUCCCAUGGCACUAGCAAUCAAGCACUCGGUGCACCUGAGGAGCGUCCGAGGCCACGUUCUGCGGACAUCAUCUAGUGGAACUGACUGCGAGCCACCGCGCGAUGACGAGAGCAUCUAUCGAGAGCGCCUGUUCUGGGCUAUAUACGCGCUCGAUUGCUACGUGACGAUUACAACCGCACAGAGAUCGCAACUGACCGAGGAACACGUACAGCACUUUCUCGGCACCCGCGAUGGCGUCUGGAAAGAGCAAACCCUCGCCCAAAUGACCGCCAAUACCGUGUUCCGGUACCAACUAGACCUAUGUGAUUUGUCCAGGCUUGUACACUGCGUGUACUUGGAAUACACGGAACUCGAGGAACAUGGUGAAAAUGUCUUAGCAUGGUUUGCGCAGUUUCAAGCCAUCGCACCGCGCCUUAAUGACUGGGCGAAUCUGACGCUCCCUGCGUCAAUAGGCCUUUCACCCAGUCAGUCUCCCUCCACACGUGACAUCUCGUCCUUUACAAUGCUCCAUUUGUACAUCCAUGGUCUGACCAUCCACUUGCACGGACUAAUGGCAUACCCGGCUGUGGACUCACUGAAGUCUCCCACGUAUGAAAGUGCGCGGGCGGAAAGCCAGAGCUACUGCAGGGUCAGUAUCAAUAGCCUGACCCGAAUUAUGGUCCAAUUGAGCGACCAGAUGACGGAUAAGCUUGGGUGGCCUGCGGCCUGGUCCGCCUGGGUUGCCGCGCGAUACCUCCUUCUCGAGGCGUCCUACGGGUCGGAGUUGAAGAAUGAUCCGUACCACGUCCUCUCGCAGUUCAUCGACAAGAUGAGCACCCACUGGCAGGUUGUUGGCAAGUAUCGCAGGUUGCUUCACAGGGCAGUCUCGGAAUUGACAACCAGCGAGCCGGAAUCGGCAUUACCAGAGGGGACGAGAGUGCUCCCGGCGAUAAGGGACUUUCGUGUCCCGCUGUCUGACUUGGAGGAUCGAUUUCGAGCUGAUCCGAUGCUCCUUGCCGAUGUGGGCAGUAGAAUAGGUAGAUCGCCUGGAUUGACGCUGCCCGUAGGUGGGUUUGAAAGCGAGGAAUUGAGUGGCAUGGCAGUCGCGCAGGACAGGAUCUACGACACAGAGUAUGCGCUGGCUGGUGGUCCAGCAUGUGAUCAGUGGUUUGCGACGCCUUUAUUCGGGUCGUCGGCGUAUCAGACUCAUCUUUUCCUGGCGCCUUCGGACAGUAGCGCCAGCGCAUACACCUUGGGCUAG